GGAAAGCAGACAUCAUGUGACGGGGAAGUGGCUGAGAGUCCGGAAAUACACCGCUGCGUCAAGUCGCAAAGAAGCUCUCCAUCAUGGCGUACCAGGCUGGGAUUCUUCAGGAGCCCAGCGCUUUGGUUAAUAGCAUCAGCUCCAACAUCCAGAAGCUCACACUGCUGACCUCGGAGCUACAGAGAACCAUUUCUCUGCAGGGACCCGCGCAGGACAGCAACCAGUUUAGAAACACGCUGCAACAGACACAGCAGCAAGGCAACCAGCUAGCAAAGGAGACUGACAGACUGAUGAAGACUUUCACUGCACUACCUGUUGGCCCCGAUCAGCGGCAGAGGAAGAUACAGAAAGAGCGUCUGUUGAAUGACUUCUCCAACGCCCUCACCAGCUUCCAAAAGAUCCAGAGGCAGGCGGCAGACAAAGGAGAGUUUGUGGCCAGAGUGAGAGCCAGCUCCCGGGUGUCGGGAGGACAGCCUGACGACAGCUUUGGAAAUGCUUCUUUCUCCAGUGACUCUCAGGUUCAGGCUCAGGCUGAGGAGAUCACUGAAGAAGACCUGAGGCUGAUCCAGGAGAGAGAGUUGUCCAUCAGGCAGUUGGAGUCUGACAUCACAGACAUCAAUGACAUCUUCAAGGACCUGGGGAUGAUGGUGCACGAGCAGGGAGACAUGAUAGACAGUAUAGAAGCCAACGUGGAGAAUGCAGAUGUGAAUGUCCAGAAUGCCACACAGCAGCUGGCCCGCGCUGCAGAAUACCAGCGGAGCUCCCGGAAGAAGAUAUGCAUCCUCAUAAUAGUGUUGGGUGUUGUUGCUGUUAUAAUUGGACUCAUCAUCUGGGGCGCUCUCAAGAACUGAUGCCUGUUUCCUCUUCAUCCUCUUGUCGGCCAUGUCCUCUCUCCUGUUCAGUCAUCAACCUGGACACCAAGGGUAAAGAGUAGUCCUUGCUUUCCUCUUCCCCUCCGUUUUCUCAUCCCACUCAUGGGGAGAGUCAUUGUGACAGUUUGUCCUUCUUCAACUUGUUUUUAUUGUAAGACAUUUCAGUCCUCAUGUUGUGACUGUACACUCCUUCACUGUGAAAAGCAAAACUAGUGCUGGUAACUUUGUCGUUUAAUCCGGAUUAUUUCAGCAAUUUAAAUAAUAAAAAAAAAAAAAAGAAUGCAAUACAUAAAUGCUAUAACUGCUGCCUUUUAACAUGGAUACCUUUUGACAGGAAAGUUCAAUCAUUGUAGUUGUCACCUGACUGUGAAAGGUACUCAUGGUGCAUUCAGUGGCAUCCUUGUUUGCUCCACCACUUUGAAUGUUGAAUGAGAAACCGUUGAGAUAAGCUGGACUGCAAUAAAGCAGUGUGAUGUUUGAGGCAGGUAACCAUCAGAUCUACAUCUUUGCUGCAGCUACUUCUAUAUCUGACUUCAUAUGAAAAUGCAUUUUUUCUUUUUUUGCAACUUACUAAAUGACCAUUAACAUGUUGAUCUUAGAAUAAACAAAAGCCAGCUUUGGUCAAUAGACAGUUCAUUUUAAUUCAGUGAUUUGAAUCUAUGUUGUAUAUAAUCUCUCUAUAUAUCAAUAUAAAUAAUCAAAAUUAAGAGUUAAAUCUGUUCAAAUUUGUAAAUCAGAGUAACUGCACUUACACAACCUUAGUUUUGUCGUCAGGACAACACACUCCUCGAUCCACCAAUCAUUCCAUGUAAUCAAAAAAAUGUGUUGUUACUGUAAAUAGUUGGUGUGCUACCUUGGGGGCUUACAAAUUGUUUAAAGAUAUGACAUGGAAGUUAAUAAAAUUGUCCACAUUGUUGAUGAUUGCACACAAAUAAUUUAAGCGUAUGUAGAUAACGCAGGUAAAGGUCAAUGAAGAGUUUAUAGUUUGUUGGAAUAUAAACUUCUACCGUAGGUACUUUUCAAAGCACCUUACAUUUCACACGGGUGUUUUAAUCAUGUUGCUGCUUAAACCUCGUUACAUGUUGAAGGUAGCCAUAGCCAAGAGGAGAGGUCUAAUCUGCGUAGGUAAGUGAAAACACCUGGGAGGGUUGAUUGUGAUUGUGCAGGGGCUCCUCUCAUAAAGCCCUUUCUGUCUGGAAGAUUUUAUAUUUUAGGAUCUUCUUGGCAAUUUGCAUAUUGUUGUUUUUUAGUUUUUGAAACGGUGCCAAGACGGACAUUUAGAGCUUCUCCUUGAGAGUUGCUAAUGCAUCUUGGAAAGAUAGCUUUAACCAAUAAACCAAAAACAGACAAUUUCCUAAACUAGAAUGCCUCCAUUGCAACUCUGUUGUUUUCACAUACCAAGUGACACUCAGCAUACACAACUCUGACCAUGGAGUCUCCAUCUUGUUGUGUGUCUAAUACAAACUGCUUGCUGUCUUCCUUGCUUCAUUAUUUCUGUUGGUCGUGUAAAUGCAGAUAGAAACUUAGCCCUUGAUGUACAAACAUACCUCUCAGGGAGCCUCACAUUUUUCUGAGAAAGACCACCCACCAAAUCCAAACUUACAGAAAAGUAUAGUUAGUUAUGGCAACCACUAAUGCUUGUUUGCUACAACUAUUUGACAAAAAUAUAAAAUUAUGACUACAUGUGUAUUUUGAUCUUCUGCAAUUCAGCUGCCUACUAUAUGCAGGUGAAUACAUUAUCUGAAUGUUCUGAACCUUAAUGAGAAAAAUGAUUUUUACUGAAGGUAAAUGUAAUAACAUUCUGAUGAAUAAAAUGAAAUAAAUUAUUAUUUUGAACUAAA